AUGGCUAAUCAGAAGAAACCCGAAUGGCCGAAGCUCCGGUACGGGGAUGGCGAGUGCAAACGCUGCCGGGAACUUGAUAAGCUGAAGCUGAAACCCAAGCCCGAUGACCUCGAUUAUAUAUGGCAGGAUGACGAUUUCGAGGGCGACGAAGAACUGAUGCUAAGGGUCAUCCAUUACAGGAGGAAGCGUAACGUGACCGGUUGUUUCGAUGUUGAUUGCCCUCCAUCGUCCCAUUGGGGCCGACUUUACCCACGAGAACAUUAUUCCAUGCGUGUUCGGGACUAUGACAAGAGGCUUAAGACGUGCGUAAAAUUCGUGAUCGACACAUACAAUGAACAAAAGGGUCAGGAUUUGAUCCUACUCAGCAUCUUGAACGUAUGCAUCCAGCGUGUUUGUCGCUAUUAUAUAUUCUAUGUAACUUUCGAAGGCUUCAACGAGUCAGAUGAGAGUAGUAAGAGUUACGUUGGGACUUACCAAACAAUGGUGUCUUGUGCGUCUUGGACGUUUGGCGAGUAUGAAAUUUGCGUCUUCAGGAGGUGUAGUAACUCAACUUGCAAAGAUGAGGAUUUGUUACCACCUGAUUCCUCUUACGAAGAAAGAACAAGGGUAAAGAAAGAGCUGAUGUGGACCUUGGCUUGA